AUUAACAGUGGCGCCCGUAUUCUCUUUACACUAUCGCAUUAUCGCCCACCUUUCAUCCCAUUCAUCCCCGCCUCCCUUUCCACCCGCCAGCCGACCCGCGGAGACGCAUUUCCAUACACCGCUCACACAUUGCCUCGCCUCGACUGAUACUGGUUCCAAAGCCUACGACCACCCAAACACCGCCCAUUAUGGCCCAGCCAUCUCCCAGCUACGUGCCACGCAUAUCCCGUCCAUCUUCUCCAGCCAUAACACCCACAAGCUCAGCCUAUGUCCCUCGCUCAUCGUCCACUUCUCGGAUAGACCGCGGAGCGUUGACACCUAGAGUGCCGCUAGAGCGGAAGUCGAGUGGCUUGAGGAAUGAGAUGAAGCGAGAAAGUACACAAGAAACACAAGAAAUGAGCGAGGACGCAAAGUCGAUCCUCAAGCUGCUAUCAAACCUCCCUGCACCUCUGCCUGAAUCACUGCCACCAACGUUCUUACCUAGCCCUUCCGCUUCACCAAGAUCUACUCCUUUUUCGUCACCGCCGAAAACGUUCACCGAAUAUGUCCAUCUCAAACGCAAACGUGAUCUCGAACCUGACGAAAGCGAUGAGACUAAAAAUAAUGACAACAGUCACGAAAUCGGUCUCGGGCUUGGUUUGACUGUAGCGCCCGAUAAAAAGAGAAAGAUCGAAGAAGCUAGAGGGAUAACACCUUUGAGUCCCGUGCUGAACGGAAUCUUCAAAAAGGAUAAAGUAAGGAGCGGGCUGAGGAACGAGGUGGAAGUGGAAGAAGGUGAAGUAGGCGAGGAAGGCGAGGAGCGAGUAAGAAGGGAUCUCUGGAAACCUGAAAAAUGGUCGCAAAUGGGUAACUGGUACCGAGAUAGAGCCCUUUUGCUCAAGCGUCACGGCGACGCCUACCUUCGAGCACCUACCGCCAAACCUGAUUUCGUCAGAACCCUUCCUGCAGACAGACUCAAAGGCCUCCUCUGCCUUACCGAUUCUGCGUUACUAUACAAUUACUCCCAUUUCUGCGACGAAAAGGCCAAGGCCAAACCUCUUCCGGGGAUAUACGAUUCCUCUAGCGGUUUGAGGACGUUUGUGAGGAAAGAGUGGGAACAUGAGAUGCGUCGCGGUGAAGGGUCUGAUGGGGAGGAAGGCCUAAAAGAGAGGGAGACGGAGAGGGAGAGAGCGAGGGCAAUGGCGGGGUUGAUGUACCUGCUUGAAGCGGUUAUAAUGUACCAAACGGGGAAAGAUUCGUUGGCGAUCUUGCAGCAUCGCGGCAAAGAGUUGCAUGCUACCCUCGCGUCGCCGCACGAUAACCCGUCCCCUCCUGGAUUUAUCGCUACACCCUCACCUACGAACCCUUCCCAUAACGGUUCUACUACUGCCUCCGCCUCCGCCUCCGCCUCCGCCGCUGCGGCCUCUAACACUGGCGCUAACCACCCUUCUUCCCAACCACCCAACCACUCACCCACCUCCGCCCACUCCUCUGCCCACUCCCCAUCCUCCUCCACCUCUUCCUCCCUCCCACCCGACCUCCUCCCGCUCAUCUUCAACUCGUUCCGCCAAUCUUCCGAUGCGACCCAGUACCUCCACAUCUCGCGUUUCCAUCUCACCCUCCGCACUUUACGGCACUACUUCCCGACCUCGUACGGGAACGCGAUCCACAGUGAGCUCGCGGACCAAGCUUUGCCUGCCCCCGGGGAUAAUCUGGGAGCGGCGAGGGAGAUCGAUCCGGACAGGCCGGCGAGGUUUGCGUGGCCGAUUGAGAUGGGGAUGUGUGCGCCCGUGGCGCAUGUGGUAGCGUUUGGAAGGGGGAUGGUGAAAGAGAUGGCGGAGAGAGAGGGAAGAGAUUGGAAACUUCUUUUGGAGUAGCCAAAUCAACUCUUUAACUUUUCCGUUUUUUUUCUCUUGGGGUCUUGGUCUCAUCUUACCUCGAUAACACGGAGUUUUCUCUCUUUUGGAUUAUUUUUAGCUGCGAAUCUCAUCUCCAUUACUAUUUUAUUUUAUUUUUGUAAAUAAGGUCCCUAGCUGGCCAAUCUGCUAUAUGCUUUCAUGUUUCCUCACGAGCUCUUUCUCCCGAACCUUUUCUUCUUCUAUCCCUUCCACCAUCACACCAUCACACCAUAGCCCUCAUAUUCCCCUCCUCACUUCUCCACGUGACCGAUACUGCUUCUUAUGUCCAACUUGUUGUUAUUUGCCAUAUAAAUUUCUCUUAUCAAUACCUGUUUCCCCCGACGAUCUUUUUUUUUUUUUGCUCAAUACUGUUCUAUUAGGGUUUUUAUGCGAU